AACGCGCUGCAGCAGAGGAAGCGCCCUGUGCGCCCGGCACCUGCGACGCCAGUCCCGGGGUGAGUCGGCCGGGGGCGCUUCGCCGGGGCAGCGCCAGCCGAGGACGGGCUGCGGACGUCGCUGUCUCAGAGUCCGGAGGGCAAGAGCAUCAGUUUCAAUCUGGGAAGCCUUUAAAUGAAAUGUGCUUAAAAUCUUAGAUCCUACAGAGAGAGACCUCAAUCGACAAUAAGGUGGAAGACAGUGAUGCUGUCCUUAACGAACCUGCAGAAUGUCAUCUAUAACCCGGUACUCCCCUAUGUCGGGACCAUUCCUGGGCAGCUGGAGCCUGGAACGUUGAUUGUAAUACGUGGGCAUGUUCCCUGUGAUUCAGACAGGUUCCAGGUGGAUCUGCAGUGCGGGAGCAGCGUGAAGCCGCGCGCCGACGUGGCCUUUCAUUUCAACCCACGCUUCAAGUGGUCCGACUGCAUCGUGUGCAAUACUCUGAAGAAUGAAAAAUGGGGGUGGGAAGAGAUCACCUACGACGUGCCUUUCAAAAAAGAAAAAUCUUUUGAAAUUGUGAUUAUGGUGUUGAAAGACAAAUUCCAGGUGGCUGUAAAUGGGAAACAUAUACUGCUCUAUGCCCACAGGAUUAGCCCAGGGAAGAUAGACACUCUGGGCAUUUAUGGCAAAGUGAAUGUCCACUCAGUUGGUUAUAGCUUCAGCUCGGAUUUCAGAAGUACCCAAGCAUCUACUCUGGAACUGACAGAGAUAAGUAAAGAAAAUGUAGUGAAGUCUGACACAUCACAUUUUCCUAGUAAUAGAGGAGACAUUCCUAAAAUCGUACCCAGAACUGUCUACACCAAGAGCAAAGGUUCGACUGCCAAUCACACUCUUACUUGCGCCAAAAUACUACCUACCAGCUGUUUGUCAAAGACUCUGCCAUUCACUGCGAGGUUGAACUCCCCCAUGGGCCCUGGACGAACCGUCUUCAUUAAAGGAGAAGUGAAUAAAACUGCCAAGGGCUUUAAUGUUAACCUGGUAUCAGGAAAAUCAAAAGAUAUUGCUCUUCACUUGAACCCACGCCUGAACAGUAAAGCAUUUGUAAGAAAUUCUUUUCUUCACGAGUCCUGGGGAGAAGAAGAGAGAAAUAUUACCUGUUUCCCAUUUAGUCCUGGGAUGUACUUUGAGAUGAUAAUUUAUUGUGACGCUAGAGAAUUCAAGGUUGCGGUGAAUGGUGUCCACAGCGUGGAGUACAAACACAGAUUUAAAGAGCUGAGCGCUAUUGACACGCUGGAAAUUGACGGAGAUGUUCACUUACUGGAACCUUUAGUUCACAUGACACCAGAGAUUAGAAAACUUCAAAGCUUUGAAGAAAAUCUGACACUUUCUCAUACAAGUAAUUCUUGGAUUACCACCAGUGGAAACGUGAUUACUUCUAGUCCUGGAGGAGCCAUGCCACCUACUGUUUCUGGGCCUUUUCUAUUUGUGGGAUCUGCCUACACAGCCCACUGCCUCAGCCCCCCAAAGAAAGACUAAAGUUACCCCUCAAUCACAGUCCUAAGUGGGAAAUGCAUUCCAGAACUAAUUCCCUGUGGCCAAACACACAAAAAGUAAGGCUGAAGUGUCCUCUACCCAAAACAAAAAGUAUUCCCGAUAGCUUUCCAGUCCGAAGCGCUGCUGCCGAGUGCUGGCAACUGUCCUUUCCUUCAGGAGCUACCCUGAGUGAACUCUCUGACAUGGAUACCAUGUACUAAGACCUCCCUCUCUGGAAGAGUUAAGGUUUGACAGUCUGAGUGAGGUAAACACGUCCGUUACAGCAAGAACCUCAAUCAGAAGUUCAAACAUUGUCUUAACAAAUGUUGACACACACAGCAGUCUGUAUACAAAUACCAGCUGUCAUUUACUCUUACUGCAGUUCUAUGAGGUGGCCGGAGAGGCUUCUGUGGGAGCACAAACCAGGUGGGAAUUUUAUAAAGGAGUCCGCAGAGGUGUCAGGGUACCAAAAGUAAUAUGGUACCAAACACCCAAAAAUAAAAAUACGAAAAAUAAAUCUGACCUCUGAACAGAGUAAGAAACCCCAGAACCCCAAAGGUUCAGAAGUAGCUCUGGAGCGGCUCUCCCAGUAUAGCUUCCAGCUGCUGAAUGGUCUUCUGGCACUGGUGUUCUACUUCUUCACAUUCAUCUGAAAAACAAAUCAAAACUGAACCAAUCUUCUGCUGCAAUGAUCAUUCGUCUAGUACUUCAGAUCUUGCAUUCUCUGGCCGUUGUUCGGUCAAAAGAGGGGAAGGAAACAGUGCAGCAGAGAGCAUCGUGGAGCCCUCCCCUCCAUGCCACCUUCUUGGUCUCAGACCCAGAAGCUGAGUGAGACAGAGCCCCCAGAACAGCGGUACACUAACGAAACUUCCCAAUUCCUGGUGAUGCGCCUCCUCCAGGACAUAAGAAACCAAGCCGCAUGUACUUUUAGAAAAGGAGUGACCCAUUAGUAUGAAAAAGCAUUUGUCUACUUGGCUCCGUCUGCCCUUAGUAAGACCUGCACCGUUCUGUCUCGGGCUGCGUGGCGGCACAAACCUGGAUUCACACCCCACUUCUGCCCGUCACGCUCCGUCAAAUUAAUCCCUGUGAAGCCUCUAGCUUCUUCCUUCACGAAAACAGGGACGAUGGCCUACAGCCCGCCAUGAGGAUUCGAUGAGCCCCUCCAUGCAGAGAUGGGGCAAAUGCUGGUCAUUAUGAACAGGCAGUUCAUCUGCAAUCUUAUUGGCACUAAACGCUCUGCUGCAAUGACCCUAGGUCUGUGGACCGAAAUCUUCAAUCAUAUCAGUGUCCAAGGUUGGCGAAAAACCGUAGUGUAGUCGGUUUUUACCCUCACAAAUACUGUAAACAAGUUUCCUAUGACCCCAGGGUGGUCCCCUAACACACUCCCCCACCUAUUCACAACAGGACCUCGGCCUCCUGGGCCUGCAGCGGGAGAUGCGGAGGAUGAGAGCCAAGGGCUCAUCACUUUCUGUCCACAUUUCUGCUAUCACUGGGCACAUUUGCACAGAAUUUUACUGUAAUUAUUUCUUAGUAGUUUAGGAAUUACCUUCCAUCAACUCAGCUAAGAAAGGAAUGGACUCUGGUAGCAAAACAAUAUAAUUCUCCUUUAGUUUUUCGGCCAGUGCUAACACAGCAAUCAGAGCAGCAAAUCGAACCUGAAAGGGAUAAAGAGGUGAAGAAUGAGGAUUUUUAAAAACCCCAAAACACUAGUAUUGCCGUAUUUAUAUCUUAUGACUAACUUGAGACAGUCUCUGACUUUUUAAAGUAAACGUUCCUUCACAUGA